UUUGGAUAGAAACCUAAAUUUACAUGUUCCCUUUUUGUUGAUUUUAAAGAUUAUUUAUUCAUUCACUUAAACAUUUAUACAUUAAGUAUCUGAUGUAUUUCUUCUUUGUCAUUUCUACCUAUGGUAGCUUGAAUAAUAAAACAAGCUUAAAUAGUGGAUCAAUCAAUUGUAGAAAUUUUUCCGGUGAAAUUCACAAUAUUUAAACAAGCCAAUUCAAAUUUUCUUUUGUGUUAUCAGUUCCCUACUUAGCACACAAACGAAAUAAUCAUGUCCAUAAGAACACCUUAUGAACGUUUACGUACAUUUUGCUCACAGUUAGCAAAAUAUAUUCCAGAAAUUCAAUUACAACCACCACAUACAAUUAAAAAUUACGGAAAUUGUCCAUAUUUUUAUAAAUUUCAUCUUGGCACAAAGGACUUAGUUGAAAAGUUCAAUGAUGAUAUAUUACCAUCGUCUAAUAAUACUUAUAGACUGUCAAAUGUACCAAGAGAAUCGAUUGGCACACAUUCAGAUGAGAUGAAAUUACAAGAUUUUCAGUGGUUAAUGAAUAAAAAGUUAACAUGUGUUUUAUUAUGGCUUGGUGUAAUCAUUUUAAUUGUUGGAGUAAUCGCAUUACAGAUUGCUAGUUUUUUCUUACAUAAACGACAAGAUAUAUUAUCGAUCGGGGUUGGAUGUUUAAGCUCUGGUCUUUGGCUCCUCUCUGUCACAUUAUUCACUUUUCUUCAUGCUCAUGUUUUUAUUUAUGAAAUACCUGAUGAUAAUAUCGAUGAACACCAAGAUGUGGUUACUAGGAGAAAAGAGGAUCAAACAUUUAACACUGAAGAUGAAUUUGAAUAUAGAAUAACAGAAAAAGUGAUAAUGGAUCAUUCAUCUUGA